UUUUAUUUUUAUUUCUUUUUAGGUGAAUUGUUUUAUUACAAUGAUAGACAAAAUCACUUGCUCAACCAUGGCUAUGUGAAACAAAUUAUAUAAAUUGUUCUGAGAAAACCACUUUUGAAAAGUGCUUUGUAUUUAUUGGUUUAGUCGCCAAUGUUUUGCAGUUGAGAAAUAUGGAUUUUAUUAAUGAUGAAGUAGAUUUUGAUGAAAAUUAUGAGGAUAUGUCAGAUGACUAUCAAAUUGUCCCUAAAGAUUAUUCAUAUAAACAUUUUCUUGAUUCAAAAAAAAAAAAUACUGUAGAAAUUGACAAGCAUGCAAUAAACAUUUUAAAUUUUUAUAAUGAAUGUUUUCAAAAAGGAAACUUUUGUGACAUAACAAUCAAAACUAAUAGCAGAUCAUUUAAUGCUCAUCGAGUUGUGUUAGCCAUGUUCUCUGAUUACUUUCGUGCUUACUUACAACACGAUGGCAAAGAUAAAGAUGUUAUUACAUUAAUGGAUGUUAAUGGAGAUAUUUUUUAUCAAAUACUUUUGUAUGCAUACACUGGCCAUGUAGAAAGGCAUGAUGACACAAUUGAGGAGUUAGUUAUAUGUGCAGAUUAUUUAGGAGUUAAACCACUAAAAGAUAUAUGCGAAAAUAUUCUUAUGGAAUUAGUUAGUUCAAAUAACUGCUUUCACUAUUGGCAGUUUAGUGAUAUUUACACAAUGAAGUCAUUGUUUGAAGUUUGUUUAGAAUAUUUUCGAAGGAACUUUAUUACUUUAACAAAACAUGAAGGGUUCUUUAAACUAUCAUCAAAAUAUUUAAUGCUAAUUUUAGAAGAUUGUGAACUAAGAUUAUAUAAUUCUGUUAAUGAUGUUGAUCCUAUAUGUUCCAAACAGAGGGAAGAGAUUUUAUUAAAAGCGAUUUUAAAAUACAUAGGCAAUAGUUUAAGUAAGAACAAUAAUGAACUGACAGAAGAGUUGUUAAAAUUGAUAGAGUCAGUUAAACUUCCAGAAAUAGACUUAGUAUUUCUUGAAAAACAAGUGGAAAAGCAUUCUUUAAAAAAAUAUCCUGCAAUUAAUAAUUUGUUGAAUAGUGCUAUGAUGUUUAAAUCUAGAAAAAAUGAAACUGAGUUAUUGUUUCCAAAAAGUUGGUAUACUCAGCGCUUGCUUUCAUUCUGCAAAUUUUAUUCAGGAAGGAAAUAUGCUGCUGUUUAUAUGAUUGGCAGAGAAGAUUACAAUAUAUGUUGUCCUUUAAAUUUUACAAACAUUCAUAGAAAAUUGAUUUGUAUUAAACUUUUUUUUCGAAGAUGGGAUGGAAGGUUAGUAGUGGGUGGCAUUGAACUUCAAUUUAAUGAUGGUUUUGUAGUUGGUGGUGGAGAAAAACAGUUAAAUAGUGUAGAGUUUCAUGAGAUUUAUCUUAAACCUGACGAAGUUAUUACCAAAGUCACAAUAAGUUCUGGUUGGUUAAUUGAUCGUCUAAUGUUUACGACUAACAUUGGAAACACUUAUGGACCUUAUGGAGGUGAUGGAGGUAGAACAGCAGUGGAAGAAGAGAGUGGAUGCUUUUUGUAUUCCAUUAGUUUUUCUUCAGUUCGUACUCAAGCACUUUUGGCUCCUAUUGAGUUACAAUUACACUGGAUAAAACUUGUUUGAGUUACUUAAUUUUUUUUUAACAUUUAAAGAUUUUAUAAAAAUAAUUUUAAGAAAAUAAGUUUUAAAGCACAGCAUUAUUUUAUGAUCAUUAUUUUAUGUAAUUUAUGUUAUACUUUUUGUGAAUCCUUUUUUAGAUGCCUAUACAUUAAUUAAAAUUAUUAGAUUAUUUCACAUUGUUUAAAAUCUAAUUUUGAAAAAAGUUAUUAGAUUACAUAAUGUAUGUUUUUAUAAUACGAUAGCGAUAAUCGAAUAUAUUCGAUUACGCUAUAAUAUAUGUUGUUACAUCACGGUUAUGAUAAUGACAUGGAUAAUGAUGAUUUAAAAAAAUCGCAAUUCUCCUAGGUGGAAAUUGCAUUAAGACCUUUAUAAAUAUUAUCUAUAAUUUGAUCUACAUUUAAUUAUCUAUAAUUUAAUCUACAUUUUGUAUUAUGUCGAUUAUUUUUUCUAUUAUUGUAACAAAUAUAUAUUUCUAUUAUGUUGGU